CCGCACAAACAGUUUGGCGGGUUUUUUCCUGGCCGCUGUGUUGUGUUCCGGUGACUGAGAUGCUCAGCAGCGGCUUUUAGGAAGUGGGAGGCCGUUCUCCUCAGGAGAGCGACUUCUCGAGAUUUCUGCGCCAUUCCUUCGGGCUUCGGGGGCUUUCUCCACAUUAAAAAAAAAAAAUUGUUUCUCCGUGACUGACUGACGCCUGAGGUUUGGGGCUAUUUAGUCACCUUCCGUCUCGGCCCUCUGAAAAGCGAAAGGAGCCGAGGGGCCUCGUCCUGCGCAUCGAUCCCCCGUGGGUUUCUUGGGCUCGGUCGGAGCUGGGUGGACCCGUCCCCCGUCCUGGGUCACCAUGACCGUGUCCGUCCAGCAGCUGACAAAGGAGCUGGAGAUCUUUGGCGUGGACUGCGACGAGUCUCUCACCGAGAAACUGGCAGAGCUGUGUGUGCAGUAUGGACAGAGUGAGGAGGAAAUGGUACGCGAGUUCAUAGCCUUCUACACCAGCACACAGAAAGACUGCCUUACCUCAGAGACUCUGAGCUCUUUUGAGCAUGAGUGUCUGAGCAAAAGGUCCAAAGCCCGUCCCAGUGCCUCCAAGGACAGUGGGCAUGCGGGAGCCAGAGACAUUGUUUCCAUACAAGAGCUAAUUGAAGUGGAGGAAGAGGAGGAGACCCUCUUGAACUCUUAUACCACACCCUCUAAGGGUUCUCAGAAGCGAGCUGUCACCACCCCAGAAACCCCCUUAACAAAAAGGAGGGUGUCUGCCCGCAGCCCCCACGUGCUCCUCUCGCCAUCGAGUUUCUCUCCAAGUGCAACUCCCUCUCAGAAAUACAACUCGAGAAAUAACCGCGGAGAAGUGGUUACCUCCUUUGGCUCAGCACAGGGCGUGUCCUGGUCCGGGAGAGGAGGAGCCGGUGCCAUCAGCCUGAAGGUCUUGGGGUGUCCGGAAUCACUAACUGGGAGCUACAAAUUCAUGUUCCAGAAGCUCCCCGAUAUUCGAGAAGUUCUGACCUGUAAGAUAGAAGAACUUGGCAGUGAACUCAAGGAACAUUACAAGAUUGAGGCUUUUACUCCUGUUCUAGUUCCGGCACAAGAGCCUGUCACGCUGCUGGGCCGGAUUGGCUGUGAUAGCAAUGGGAAGCUGAACAACAAGUCGGUGAUUCUGGAGGGAGACCGAGAACAUUCCUCUGGCGCUCGAGUCCCAGUGGAUUUAUCUGAGCUCAAAGAAUACUCUCUGUUUCCCGGACAGGUUGUGGUUAUGGAAGGGAUCAACGCCACUGGCAGGCAGUUUGUUGCCACUAAACUCUACGAGGGUGUGCCGCUUCCAUUUUAUCAGCCCUCCGAAGAGGAUGGAGAUUUUGAACAAAACAUGGUCCUGGUGGCCUGUGGACCAUACACCACAUCUGACAGCAUCACGUAUGACCCCCUGCUUGACCUGAUUGCCAUCAUCAACCAUGACCAGCCGGACGUCUGCAUCCUGUUUGGCCCUUUCCUGGAUGCUAAGCAUGAGCAGGUUGAGAACUGUCUCCUGACGAGUCCGUUUGAAGAUGUUUUCAAGCAGUGUCUACGCACAAUUAUUGAAGGGACACGAAGCAGCUCCGGUUCCCACCUUGUCUUUGUCCCGUCGCUGAGAGAUGUGCACCACGAGCCUGUGUACCCACAGCCGCCUUUCAGCUACUCCGAUCUGCCUCCCGAGGACAAAAAGCGAGUGCAGUUUGUGUCCGAGCCCUGCAGCCUCUCUAUAAAUGGCCUGGUCUUUGGCUUGACAUCCACGGACCUGCUCUUCCACAUGGGGGCAGAGGAGAUCAGCAGUGCUUCUGGAACUUCAGACAGAUUCAGCCGAAUACUCAAGCACAUCCUGACGCAGAGGAGCUACUACCCACUGUACCCUCCCCAGGAAGACAUGGCCAUUGACUAUGAGAAUUUCUAUGCCUAUGCACAGCUGCCUGUCACCCCAGAUGUCCUCAUAGUCCCAUCAGAGCUCAGAUACUUUGUCAAGGAUGUCCUUGGCUGUGUCUGUGUGAACCCCGGGCGCCUCACCAAAGGGCAGGUGGGGGGCACCUAUGGCCGGCUCUACGUCAGGAGACAGACCGUGGACGGGGAGGAGAGGCGGAGUGGGUGUGUUGCCGCCCAGGUGGUGAGGAUCUGAGGCCUGGGGUGCUUUACCGUCCCCACUGUGCGGGCCCUCGUGUGGCCAUAGCCGCCAGGAGCCCAGGAGUGGCCCUUGACAAGAUCCCAGCUGUUGGAAGGUGAAGGAGCAGAGGCAGCCAACUGCAGGGGAGAGGCUGCGGGGAAGGUGUGUGUGGCUGGCCGGGCUCUGAGCGGCUCUGAAGAACACACGAAGUCCAGAGCGAACUGGCUGAGGCUGCAGCGUGCUCAGAAAAAGCGACGGCUUUGUGGUUUUCUACGUGAAUCAGACACAGAAACAGCUUUUGGAGAAAUAAAAUUCUGAGUGUAACUUCUGGGUCUAA